CAUUUGCUUAUAAAUUCAUCUCAGCGACACGGUCUUGACCGCCUCUUCGGAAGGAGUUUUAAUCUGUUUCUUUUGCAGCGUAUUUCCCCUUCUAAAACCGUAGGUAUCUCCUCCUACCAAAACGCUAAACCUCUCUCUAUGGAGUUCUGGGGUAUUGAAGUUAAGGCUGGACAGCCUAUCAAAGCAGACCCUGGUGCCGAUUACGUCAUCCAUCUUUCCCAGGCCUCACUUGGUGAGUCAAAGAACAAGGCAGAAUCUGUUCCACUCUAUGUGAAUGCUAAUGGGAAGAAACUUGUUCUUGGAACACUUUCCCACCAGAAUUGCCUCCAAUUAUCCUUUGAUCUUGUAUUUGACCAAGAGUUUGAGCUUUCUCACAACUGGAAAAACGGGAGUGUCUAUUUCCUAGGAUACAAAACUUAUAUUCCAGAGGAAGGCACUGAUGAUUUUGGUAUGUCUAGUGAUGAAGAAAGUAGUGAGGAGGAGAAGAUUCCUAUGGUUGCUGCAGAAAGUGGAAAAGCCAAGACAGAUGCAAAAACAGCAAAGGCUAAUGCUGGGAAACCAGAGGCUGUCAAACAAGCUGUUAAGAUAGCAGAACCUAGCAAGAAAACUGAGGAUGAUGACGAUGAUGAUUCUGAGGAUGAAAGUGGUUCUGACGACUCAGAUGAUUCUGAGGACGAAGAUGAAUCUGAUGAGAUGUCUAUGGAUGGAAUUUCAGAAGAUGAGGAUGAAGAGACACCUAAGAAGGUUGAGUCAAGCAAGAAGAGACCUGUUGAAACUGCAACCCCUGCUUCUUCAAAGAAGGCUAAAUCUGCAGUUUCACCCCAGAAAACAGAUGGUAAGAAGGGGGGUGGUCAUACAGCAACACCGCAUCCAGCGAAGCAUGCUAAGAAAAAUUCAGCAAAGACUCCAAAGUCUGGCGGUCAAUUCUCUUGUGGUUCUUUGAGCAGGUCGAUCGGGGGUGGUCUAGAAUCUCGCAAGAAGGCAAAGCAUGGUGGCAAAUGAGGUCGGGUUUACAUGCUCUAAUGUGCAUGUUUAAUUUUUGGGGGGGAGAGACAUCUCCUGUCUCGUGUUUUUGGUAGACGAUGGUUAGUCAAUGGGAGAUUUAAGGUU